UACACCAUCUCCACAUUCAUCUCUCAGCAAUCUGUCCGACUCCGGCCAUCUCUCCGGCAACCACCGUAUCCGCGCGUCCACCAUCCGUAGCGACCAGAAGAUGAGUUCUGCCGGCGGCGGGAGGGGCAAGGCCAAGGCGGCGUCCAAGAUCGUCUCGCGGUCUUCCAAGGCCGGCCUCCAGUUCCCCGUCGGCCGCAUCGCCAGGUACCUCAAGAUCGGCAAGUACGCCCAGCGCGUCGGUGCCGGCGCCCCCGUCUACCUCUCCGCCGUCCUCGAGUACCUCGCCGCUGAGGUCCUGGAGCUCGCCGGCAACGCUGCGCGCGACAACAAGAAGACCCGGAUCGUGCCGCGCCACAUCCAGCUGGCGGUCCGCAACGAUGAGGAGCUGAGUCGGCUUCUGGGCACGGUCACCAUUGCCGCCGGCGGUGUGCUGCCCAACAUCCACACGACGCUGCUCCCCAAGAAAGUCGGCAAGGGCAAGGGCGACAUCGGCUCUGCGUCGCAGGAGUUCUAGAGCCUCGCAGAUGAAACCAGCAUCAUCACAGAAGAUUUGAGGACUCUUCUUUUUCUAGUAUGGCGAUGCUUUAGGUUGUUAGAUUAGUUCUCGGUCAAUGCUUUGGUUGGUGUAUCGAUGAUGAAUCUGGUUGGAAUGGAAUGCUAGCAAUCUGGUUCUAGUUA